GGCGGAUGGUGGGUUGUGGCGCCGGCGGCGGCUGCUGUGAGGGACGAUGAGUUCCUCCUUCGUGCCGAACGGGGCCAGCCUGGAAGAUUGUCACUGUAACCUCUUCUGCCUGGCUGACUUGACGGGAAUUAAAUGGAAGAGAUACGUGUGGCAAGGCCCAACUUCUGCCCCUAUUCUGUUUCCGGUGACAGAGGAAGACCCCAUUUUGAGCAGUUUUAGUCGCUGCCUUAAGGCAGAUGUACUUGGUGUUUGGCGGCGUGAUCAGAGACCUGGAAGAAGAGAAUUGUGGAUAUUUUGGUGGGGUGAAGACCCCAAUUUUGCUGACCUAAUUCACCAUGAUUUAUCAGAAGAGGAAGAUGGAGUGUGGGAGAAUGGACUUUCCUAUGAAUGCCGAACUUUGCUUUUCAAAGCAGUUCACAAUCUGUUGGAACGGUGUUUAAUGAACCGGAACUUUGUACGUAUUGGCAAGUGGUUUGUAAAGCCUUAUGAAAAAGACGAAAAACCUAUAAAUAAAAGUGAACACUUGUCCUGCUCUUUCACCUUUUUCUUGCAUGGAGACAGCAAUGUUUGUACCAGUGUGGAAAUUAAUCAACAUCAACCUGUAUACCUUCUUAGUGAAGAACAUAUCACCCUUGCUCAACAGUCUAAUAGCCCAUUUCAAGUUAUCUUAAGCCCGUUUGGACUAAAUGGCACUCUCACAGGACAGGCAUUCAAGAUGUCCGAUUCAGCUACAAAAAAAUUGAUUGGUGAAUGGAAACAGUUCUAUCCUAUCUCAUCUUGUUUGAAGGAGAUGUCUGAAGAAAAACAGGAAGAUAUGGAUUGGGAAGAUGAUUCUUUAGCUGCAGUAGAAGUUCUUGUUGCUGGUGUCCGAAUGAUCUACCCAGCAUGCUUUGUUCUAGUCCCUCAGUCAGACAUUCCUGCUCCUAGCUCUGUGGGAUCCUCUCACUGUUCAGCUUCUUGCUUGGGUGUCCACCAAGUGCCUGCUUCCACAAGAGAUCCUGCUAUGUCUUCGGUUACUCUUACACCACCUACAUCUCCUGAGGAAGUCCAAACAGUUGAUCCUCAGUCUGCCCAGAAGUGGAUCAGAUUUUCUUCAGUAUCUGAUGGCUUCAGCUCAGAUAGUACUAGCCAUCAUGGUGGGAAGAUACCCAGAAAAUUAGCAAAUCAUGUGGUGGAUAGAGUUUGGCAAGAAUGUAAUAUGAACAGAGCACAGAACAAGAGGAAGUAUUCGGCUUCAUCAGGUGGUCUAUGUGAAGAAGAGACAGCUGAUAAAGUAGCAUCCUGGGAUUUUGUUGAAGCCACACAAAGAACAAAUUGCAGCUGUUUGAGACACAAAAAUCUCAAACCUAGAAAUCCUGGACAGCAAGGACAGGCACCAUCUUUAAGUCAGCAACAGCAAGUACUUCCGAAGCACAAGACCAAUGAAAAGCAAGAAAAGAGUGAAAAACCACAAAAACGCCCCUUGACUCCUUUUCACCAUCGUGUAUCUGUUAGCGAUGAUGUUGGCAUGGACACAGAUUCAGCCAGCCAAAGACUUGUGAUAUCUGCUCCAGACAGUCAAGUGAGAUUUACAAAUAUCCGAACUAAUGAUGUAGCAAAGACUCCUCAAAUGCAUGGCACUGAAAUGGCAAAUUCACCUCAACCACCCCCACUUAGUCCUCACCCCUGUGAUGUGGUUGAUGAAGGAGUGACUAAAACACCCUCAACUCCGCAAAGUCAACACUUUUAUCAAAUGCCAACACCGGAUCCCUUGAUUCCUUCUAAACCAGUGGAAGAUGGGAUAGACAGUUUAUCCCAGUCUUUCCCAGCUCAAUUCCAGGAAGCUGUAGAACCUACAAUAUAUGUUGGUACAGCAGUAAACUUGGAAGAAGAUGAAGCUAAUAUAGCCUGGAAGUAUUACAAGGUCCCAAAGAAAAAAGAUUUAGAGUUUUUACCACCUCAACUUCCAAGUGAUAAAUUCAAGGAUGAUCCAGUUGGACCUUUUGGACAGGAAAGUGUAACAUCAGUUACAGAGUUAAUGGUGCAAUGUAAGAAACCUUUAAAAGUUUCUGAUGAAUUAGUGCAGCAAUAUCAAAUUAAAAAUCAGUAUCUUUCAGCAAUAGCAUCUGAUUCAGAACAAGAACCUAAAAUUGAUCCAUAUGCAUUCGUUGAAGGAGAUGAGGAAUUCCUUUUUCCUGAUAAGAAAGAUAGACAAAAUAAUGAAAGAGAAGCUGGAAAAAAACACAAGGUAGAAGAUGGGCCAUCUAGUGUUACAGUGUUAUCACAUGAAGAAGAUGCUAUGUCAUUAUUUAGUCCCUCUAUCAAGCAAGAUGCUCCCCGCCCUGCUGGUCAUGCCCGACCUCCAUCAACCAGUUUGAUUUAUGACUCAGACCUGGCUGUCUCUUAUACUGACCUUGAUAAUCUUUUUAAUUCUGAUGAAGAUGAACUGACACCUGGAUCUAAAAAAUCAGCGAAUGGAUCAGAUGAUAAAUCCAGCUGCAAGGAAUCAAAGACAGGAAAUCUGGACCCAUUAUCUUGCAUAAGCACUGCAGAUCUUCAUAAAAUGUAUCCUACACCACCAUCAUUGGAACAACAUAUUAUGGGAUUUUCCCCAAUGAAUAUGAAUAAUAAAGAAUAUGGUAGUAUGGAUACAACACCUGGAGGAACUGUUCUAGAAGGAAAUAGUUCUAGUAUUGGAGCACAGUUCAAAAUUGAGGUUGAUGAAGGAUUCUGUAGCCCAAAACCUUCUGAAAUUAAAGAUUUUUCUUAUGUGUAUAAGCCUGAAAAUUGUCAGGUUCUAGUGGGAUGUUCCAUGUUUGCACCUCUAAAAACUCUACCAAGCCAGUGUCUGCCUCCUAUCAAAUUGCCAGAAGAGUGUAUUUACCGUCAGAGCUGGACUGUUGGAAAGUUAGAAUUGCUUUCUUCAGGGCCUACAAUGCCAUUCAUCAAAGAAGGUGAUGGAAGUACUAUGGAUCAAGAAUAUGGCCCUGCUUAUACACCUCAAACUCAUACUUCCUUUGGGAUGCCUCCUAGCAGUGCACCUCCUAGUAACAGUGGAACAGGAAUUCUUCCUUCUCCAUCUACCCCUAGGUUUCCAACUCCAAGGACCCCAAGGACUCCAAGGACUCCUCGUGGAGCUGGUGGACCGGCUAGUGCUCAAGGUUCAGUCAAAUAUGAAAAUUCAGACUUAUAUUCACCAGCCUCCACCCCAUCCACCUGCAGACCCCUUAAUUCUGUUGAACCUGCAACUGUUCCUUCCAUCCCUGAAGCACACAGUCUUUAUGUAAACCUCAUUCUUUCAGAAUCAGUUAUGAAUUUGUUUAAAGACUGUAACUUUGAUAGUUGCUGUAUCUGUGUUUGCAACAUGAAUAUCAAGGGUGCCGAUGUUGGAGUUUACAUUCCAGAUCCAACACAGGAAGCACAGUAUCGGUGUACUUGUGGCUUCAGUGCUGUCAUGAACAGGAAGUUUGGAAACAAUUCAGGAUUAUUUCUAGAAGAUGAACUAGACAUCAUAGGACGCAACACAGAAUGUGGCAAAGAAGCAGAAAAACGUUUUGAAGCUCUCAGGGCUACUUCUGCUGAACAUGUUAAUGGAGGACUAAAGGAAUCCGAAAAAUUGCCUGAUGAAUUGAUACUAUUGCUACAAGAUCAGUGCACUAAUUUAUUUUCGCCUUUUGGAGCUGCAGACCAAGAUCCCUUUCCCAAAAUUGGUGUAACUAACAAUUGGGUACGUGUUGAAGAGCGGGACUGUUGCAAUGACUGCUACCUUGCAUUAGAACAUGGGCGUCAGUUCAUGGAUAACAUGUCAGGAGGCAAAGUUGAUGAAGCACUUGUGAAAAGUUCAUGCUUACACCCCUGGUCCAAAAGAAAUGAUGUGAGUGUGCAGUGCUCACAAGAUAUACUUCGAAUGCUCCUAUCGCUUCAGCCAGUUCUUCAGGAUGCUAUUCAGAAAAAAAGAACAGUAAGGCCUUGGGGGGUUCAAGGUCCUCUCACUUGGCAACAAUUUCAUAAAAUGGCUGGCCGAGGCUCUUAUGGAACUGAUGAAUCCCCAGAACCACUGCCAAUUCCCACGUUUUUGUUGGGUUAUGAUUUUGAUUUUCUGGUGCUUUCUCCAUUUGCUCUCCCUUACUGGGAGAGACUUAUGCUGGAACCCUAUGGAUCUCAAAGAGAUAUAGCCUAUGUUGUACUUUGUCCAGAAAAUGAAGCCUUGUUAAAUGGAGCUAAAAGCUUUUUUAGAGAUCUUACUGCAAUAUAUGAGUGUUGUCGAUUGGGUCAACAUAGACCUAUUUCUCGAUUAUUGACGGAUGGAAUCAUGAGAGUUGGAUCUACUGCAUCAAAGAAAUUAUCAGAAAAGUUGGUAGCAGAAUGGUUUUCUCAGGCAGCUGAUGGUAACAGUGAAGCAUUUUCUAAACUCAAGCUUUAUGCACAAGUCUGCAGAUACGACCUAGGUCCUUAUCUUGCGUCCCAGCCACUGGACAGCUCUUUACUUUCCCAGCCAAAUUUAGUUGCCCCUACAAGUCAGUCUUUGAUUACACCACCUCAGAUGACAAGUACUGGAAAUGCUAGUACCCCAUCUGCCACCCUGGCCUCCACAGUGAGCAGCACUAUGACAAUGACUUCAGGUGUUGCCAUGUCUUCUUCAGUUGCCACAGCUAACUCAACCUUGACUACAACUUCAACUUCAUCUUCGUUGUCCUCCAACUUGAAUAGUGGAAUGUCAUCAAAUAAACUACCUUCAUUUCCACCUUUUGGCACUAUGAACAGUAGCGCUACGGGAUCCAUGUCUACACAAGCAAGUACAGUUCCGAAUAGCCAGCUAGGAGGGCAACCUCCAUCAGCUCUACAAACUGCUGGCAUUUCUGGAGAGUCGUCUUCAGUUCCCACUCAGCCACAUCCUGAUGUGUCUGAAAGCACAAUGGAUCGGGACAAAGUGGGCAUCCCCACAGAUGGUGAUUCACAUGCAAUCACUUAUCCACCUGCAAUUGUUGUUUAUAUAAUUGACCCUUUUACAUAUGAAAAUAAAGAUGAGAGCACUAAUUCUUCUAAUGUAUGGACUUUGGGGUUACUUCGAUGUUUUCUGGAAAUGGUCCAGACUCUUCCUCCUCAUAUUAAGAAUACUGUUUCUGUACAGAUUGUUCCCUGUCAGUACCUGUUGCAACCUGUGAAGCAUGAAGAUAGACAAAUCUAUACCCAGCAUUUAAAAUCUCUGGCUUUUUCGGCCUUUACCCAGUGUCGGAGACCACUUCCAACAUCAACCAAUGUGAAAACAUUGACUGGUUUUGGUCCAGGUUUAGCCAUGGAAACAGCUCUUAAAAGUCCUGAUAGACCAGAGUGUAUUCGACUUUACACACCUCCUUUUAUCCUGGCUCCAGUGAAGGAUAAACAAACAGAGCUAGGAGAAACCUUUGGGGAAGCUGGACAGAAAUAUAAUGUUCUUUUCGUGGGCUACUGUUUAUCACAUGAUCAAAGAUGGAUUCUUGCAUCUUGCACAGAUCUAUAUGGAGAACUUUUAGAAACUUGUAUCAUUAACAUUGAUGUCCCAAACAGAGCUCGUCGGAAAAAAGGAUCUGCUAGAAGAUUUGGUCUACAGAAACUUUGGGAAUGGUGCUUAGGACUUGUACAGAUGAGUUCAUUGCCAUGGAGAGUUGUAAUUGGCCGUUUAGGAAGGAUUGGUCAUGGAGAAUUAAAAGAUUGGAGCUGUUUGCUGAGUCGUCGAAACCUGCAGUCUCUAAGUAAAAGGCUGAAAGACAUGUGUAGAAUGUGUGGUAUAUCUGCUGCAGACUCUCCUAGCAUUCUCAGUGCUUGCUUGGUAGCAAUGGAACCCCAAGGCUCUUUUGUUAUUAUGCCAGAUUCUGUGUCAACUGGUUCUGUAUUCGGAAGAAGCUCCACUCUAAACAUGCAGACAUCUCAGCUUAAUACCCCACAGGAUACAUCAUGUACUCAUAUACUUGUGUUUCCAACUUCUGCUUCUGUGCAAGUAGCUUCAGCUACUUAUACCACUGAAAAUUUAGACUUAGCUUUCAAUCCCAACAAUGAUGGAGCAGAUGGAAUGGGUAUCUUUGAUUUAUUAGACACAGGAGAUGAUCUUGACCCUGAUAUCAUUAAUAUCCUUCCUGCAUCUCCAACGGGUUCUCCUGUUCAUUCUCCAGGAUCUCAUUACCCCCAUGGCGGUGAUGCUGGCAAGGGUCAAGGUACUGAUCGACUACUUUCAACAGAAUCUCAUGAUGAAGUAACUAAUAUUCUUCAGCAACCAUUGGCCCUUGGUUACUUUGUAUCAACUGCCAAAGCGGGUCCCUUACCUGACUGGUUCUGGUCAGCAUGUCCUCAAGCACAAUAUCAGUGUCCCCUUUUUCUUAAGGCCUCUUUGCACCUCCACGUGCCUUCAGUGCAAUCUGACGAGCUGCUUCACAGUAAACACUCCCACCCACUGGACUCAAAUCAGACUUCAGAUGUCCUCAGGUUUGUUUUGGAACAGUACAAUGCACUCUCCUGGCUAACCUGUGACCCUGCAAUCCAGGACAGACGCUCAUGUCUCCCAAUUCAUUUUGUGGUGCUGAAUCAGUUAUAUAACUUUAUCAUGAAUAUGCUGUGAUCUUCAUUUGAUGGAACUGUGCAAGAAAAGAACAAGGAAAAAGAUUUCGCUGCAAGAUUAAGUUACAGUUAUCUUCUCAGUGAAAGUCAUUUGUGAUGGGGUCUAAUUCUUAUUACUUCAACAAAUAUUGUUUUGACUUGUGGGAAGGGGCGAUAACCCUGUUAUUUUUCAUUGACUAUACUGAACUCUUUAGGAUGAUGACUGAUCAUACACAACGUAUUAUAACAUUUUCGUAGCAAAAUUAACCUUUUUUUUUCCAGUCACAGUAUUUGUGAAAAGUAAUGAGCCAUAGUACCCAGUCAUGUUAAAUGAAUAUUAAAAGCAUGGAGAAGGAAACAUGAGGAACAAUGAAUAUCAACAUAUGGCUUCAGAACAUCAAGAUGUUCUUGUAUUGGAUUAUAGUAUCUAGUAUUCAAAAAUGCCUGCAUCUCUUAUUUAUUGUAAGUUUUUAAAUGUAUAAAUUGUCUUAUAUUUCUUAACCUCUUUUAUAAAAAUUUUCCUAGAAGGUUUAUACUGCCUUCUUGCUUUAAA